AUGGCGACCAGCUUUCCCGAUUAUUAUGGACUCUUCGGAGUGGAGCGAGAAGUUGAUCAAGAUGCGAUCAAGAAGGUCUAUAGGAAGUUGGUCUUGCAGUGGCACCCGGAUAAACACCCACAAAACCGGGAGACGGCGGAAGAGAAGAUCCGAGAGAUCAACGAUGCCUAUGAGACCUUGAGCAAUCCGUUCAAGCGUUCACAGUAUGACAACAUGUUGGUGGCGCUCGAGCGGAAGGCGAAAGGCUUUCGCUUGGACACCACGAUGAUCAAACCGCGCAUGUCCAUCCCAAAAGAGUUCAUGUUGUCACCCUUGGGACAUCCAGACAAGUUUGUAAGGGUGGUGGGCAUGUCGCUCUUCGUGCAAUCCCGCGGUGAUGCCAAAGCCGAAUUCUACGACUUCUUCAAGGAGGCCAAGUUCUCCUUGUGGUGGCUGCCGGAGGUCAAUAAUAUGUGCCGAAUCCGGCCUCAGGCCACUGCAGGGGUUGGACAAGAUGGAGGCCUCAAUUUUAACUUCGCCCUGUCGCGCCAGAUCUCGGUGUCCGAGGUGAUUUUGAGCCCAGGCCAGAUGGCCGAAAGCGUCACCUGGCCACCAUUUUUUAGGUGGGAUACACUGUUUGGAAGUGCCUUCUACUGA